UUAUUUUCUCGAAUUUUCCCAGACGAAGUUUUUUUUAUUGGCUUCUGUCAAAGAAAAGACUUUUCUGGGUUUUUUCUUAGCAGUGAAGCUUCUCAAUACCCAGUUUUUACUUUUGUUGUUGUAUAGACUCUGUUCUUGUGAGAUUAUAUUACAUAACUUUUUUGAAAAAAAGAUGGGAAAGCAAGGGCCUUGCUAUCACUGUGGUGUCACAAGCACACCUCUAUGGAGAAACGGACCACCAGAGAAGCCUGUAUUGUGCAAUGCGUGUGGUUCGAGAUGGAGAACUAAAGGAUCAUUAGUAAACUACACUCCCCUUCAUUCUCGUGCUGAAGGUGCUGAGAUUGAAGAUCACAGAGCUCAAAGGAUGAUGAUGAUUAAUGGAAUGUCUGUGAAGAAAAAGAUUCCAAAGAGGAAACCAUAUCAAGAAAACUUCACAGUUAAAAGAACCAACUAUGAAUUCAACAACGGUUUCAAGAAGAGGCCAUUAGAUGAAGAAGCUAGCAAUAGGUCGAGUUCAGGCUCGGUUGUAUCUAACUCAGAGAGCUGUGAUCAAUCCAAUGCGUGGGAAACGACUUUUCCUUGUAAGAAGAGGACAUGUGUGGGGCGUCCUAAGGCGCCUUCUUCUGUUGAGAAGCUCACAAAGGAUCUCUAUAGUAUCUUACAGGAACAACAAUCUUCUUGUGUCUCUGGUUGUUCAGAGGAAGACUUGCUUUAUGAGAAUGAGUCACCAAUGGUGAUAGGACAUGGGAGUGUUCUCUUGAGAGAUCCUCAUGAGGAAUCUGAAGCUAGCUCACUCUUGGUUGAGAGCAGCAAGUCCUCAUCAAUGCAGUCUGAUGAGUUUGUGGUGAAUAGAGUCCAGAGAUCUCUAAACUUUGGUGGAAAAGCUAUAAAGCAGGAGCAACUCAAGAGGACCAAAUCUCAAGCCUUGGGAAGACAUAAUUUACCACUUUGUAACAUAGAUUUGAAGGAUGUUUUCAACUUUGAUGAGUUCAUAGAAAGAUUCACAAAGGAAGAACAGCAAAAGCUGAUGAAAUUACUUCCUGAAGUUGACUCUGUUGAUCUUCCUGAUAGUCUUAGAAGCAUGUUUGAGUGUUCUCAAUUCAAAGAAAACUUCUCCUUGUUCCAGCAACUAGUUGCAGAUGGUGUCUUUGAGACAUUAUCACCAUCUUCUUCUUCCUCUGGAUCAAAACAUGAAGACUUUAAGACUCUUGCAAAGCUUGCUUUAUCUGAUCCUAACAAAUCCCAUUUGUUGGAAAGCUAUCACAUGCUCAAGGAACAGAGAAAAGAGAUUAAAGAGUCUGUUACUAAACCAUCAGAUAAUCAUAGUCUAGUAACCAUUGAAAGACCUUGUGAAAGCCUAAACCAAAAUCUCUCAGAGACAAAGGCUUUGAUGAAGUGUCCCAAAGAAGUGAUGAAGAUUAGAUCAAAAAACAUUGAAACCAAAGAGACUAUAGAGAAUACUGUCUCUUCCUUUAGCCAUAUGAGCUAUGGUGCGUCUAUGGAAUUUAGCUAUGAAGAUAAUGAUAUAUCUGAUCAGGAUCUUCUUCUUGAUGUGCCGCCGAAUGGAUCAUAUCCCCAAGCAGAGCUUCUUCACAUGAUAUGAAAGAAGAGAAAGUUUCUUAAACUCAUUGGUGUUUCUCAGAACAAAGCCUUUUUAAAGAUCUCUCUCUCUCUCUAUUUCUAUAUCUCUAAUAGUUGAAGAGAAAACUCUUUUACUCAUAAGACUUUGCUGAGAAAACUGUUGCCAAAUGAGAUUUUCAAUCUGCAGAUAUAUAAUAAAGAAAGGAUAUUAAUGUAAGGGGUCUUCUUGGCGGUCUUCUUUUUACAUAUACAGUCUUCUUGUUCUUACUAAACUCGAAGAACAAGAAAGUUUCGUUUCCUUAUUAAAAUAUUUUUAUUGUGCUCUUAUUAUGUAGAAGAUGAGAUUCAUGAGAACAUAUUUUUGUAAGAAGUAUUAGGUUAUUUUGCCAAGAUUCAGAGUAUUGAUGAUCAUGCUGUGGGUCUUCAUUCGAAGACGAUGUGCAGGAUUUU